AUGCAGCAACAGAAUCCAUAUGUACCAACAGUAUCAUCAGGAGUUACAGAAAAACGAAAAAAAAAUCCAUUACUUAUUGUUGAUUCGGUAUCGCAUAAACUUGUAGAAGUUUCAGGCCAGUCAGCGCAUACAACAACGACAACACCUGCAGCAUCAUCUACAAUAAUAACUAGUGAAAAUCGUCCAAUUAAAUCGACAACUACAGAUUCAGUCAUAACAAAUAUUAAAUCGACAAAUUAUCCAAAUAAAACAAAAACACAAGCUGAUUUUCUACAACAAUUUGAAAGAUUACAGAAUUCUUUCAAUUCUCAAACAAAUAAGUCUAAUGAUCCAAUACCUGUACUCAAUAAAGAAAUCAAUUCAAAUCCACCAGAAUCACAAUCAACACCACCAUUAUCAGAAACAACAUCAUUAGAAUCUGUUACACCACGACAAACAUCAACAACCAUAAUAAUAAAUAAUGCAAAAUCUCAAGCACUACCUAAACAACGUUUACGUUACGAUCGUAAUGAACUUUUACGUAUACGUGAAAAUUAUGGGCCAUUUCCAAUUCCUCAAAAUCUUCCUGAGCUUGAUAUUGUUCUUAGCCGACAUGAUAAUAAUAAUCCACAUUAUUCAUAUACAGGUACAAAUAGUCAAGGAUGUAUAAAUCCUUCAUUUCAUCGACAACUAUCAUCAAGUAAUCAUCCAUCAUUAACAGGUUAUCCAAAUAAUCAAAAUUCGUCAAGUGAUUCAAGACGUAAAACAGGCAUUUAUUUAACAAAUGAACCUAAUUUUGGUAAUCGAAAUGAAAAUCCUUGUAGACCAAUUGAUCAAAGUAAAAUUGAUGCUAAUAGUGUUAUUUUACGCGAUGUCGAAUCAAUAUUAAAUAAUAUUACACCACAAACAUAUGAUGAAUUACAAAAAAAACUUCAAAAAUUAGAAAUUGAUAGUUAUGAAAGAUUAGAAGGAAUGAUAACAAUAGUUUUUUCUAAAGCUGUUGAUGAACCAGUAUUUAGUUUUCUAUAUGCCAAAUUAUGUAAACAAUUUCAAAAAAAACAGGUCAUUGUAAUAGGUAAAGAUGGUAAAAUAACAACAUGUUAUUUUCGUCAAAUAUUACUCACACGUUGUCAAAACGUAUUUCAAAAUGAUUAUAGACAAGAAAUUGGAUAUGAACAACGAAAAACUGAAGUUGAGGCUAUAACAGAUGAGAAAAAGCAUAAAGAACAAGCAGAAAAAUUAGAACAAAAUAUUAUUAAAGCUCAACGAAGAAAAUUGGGAAAUAUUAUUUUUAUUGGUGAAUUAUUUAAAUUACAAAUGUUAACUGAUGCUAUCAUUUAUGAUUGUAUUCAAUCUUUACUUCGUGAUAAAACUAACGAAGAGAAUCUUGUAUGUUUAUGUGCCCUUUUACGGACUGUUGGCCAUGAACUUGAUACGAAAGCUAAUGAAAAACCUAAAAAUAAAUCAAGUUUGAAAAAAUAUUAUCAUGAAUUAGAGAUUAUUGUUAAAGAACAGAAAAUAUCAGCACGUAUUUGUUUUAUGAUUCGAGAUGUUUUAGAAUUAAGAGAAGCUGCAUGGGUGAUUCAUCGAGUCGCAACUAAACCAACAACAAUUGAUGAAAUUCUGAAACAAGAAUAUUUAAAAAAUGAGCAACCAGAAUAUGCACAAGAGCAUGAACGGCAACAAUGUCGGGAUCAAAAUUGUGGUACUGUUAUUGGUAAUGUCUAUAGUGAAAGUGACCAACAGCAGUAUGAGGAUGAGCGUGGUAGUGGAAUUAAACAACAAUCAAAUCGAAAUGAAGAAGAUAGAACAGAAAAUCGUUUUACUGUUAAUUCAUUAAGACAAUUACAAUCAAAUGAUAAACGAAAUCAAGAACCAUUUACAAUGAGUUUAGCUCCACAACGUACCUGGCCAAAAGGAUCAGACAUUGAAAAGAAACCUGAGGAAGAUGGUUCAUUUGGUGGUGGACGUACUGGUAAACUAUCUGCUGACCCAGUUCAACAACUCAAAGGUAAAAUUGGUUCAUCUCAAAGUGGUUCAACUUAUUCAAUGCAACGUCAAUCAGCCCGCGAAUUAGAACGUGAAAAUAGUCAACGUAAUCGUGAAAAUGCUUCACAAUUAUUACGUAAAAAGACAACUAGUAGUGGAGUGAAUAGUUCAAUAAAUACAGUUGGUACUUCGUCCAUGACAAAUUCUCAUGAAGAUUCACGAAAUGUUAGUUAUGAACAAUAUCGUAAUGCAUCACGUGAAUCAAGUGUUAGUGAACGCAUGUCAAAUGUUGGUUUAUCAAUACAAAUGAAUAAAACUUCAACAAAUGAAUCACCAACAAUAAUUAAUCAAGAUCCAUCAAAUACAUCAUUUGAUGAA